AGCUUUCACGUACCUAGAGUAUAUUAUAACAAGAAAUAACCGCUUCAACAACUGACACGCUGGUCAUUCAAAUCCCAGAUCUAUCCGCUUUCACCGUUUUCUUUCGAGGCAGUAAAACAAAUCAUCGAUAGUAAUCAUGUCGACCACAACACUUAAGACUCGUUUCGGCGAGAUAGAGGUUGCCAAAGAUAUUGUGCAAGGAGACUUCGACACCAUCCCCGUCAUUGACCUGGCAAACAUGAAACACCCAGAUCUCGCAGAGAGAAAGAAGGUUGCCUCUGAGAUCUACAACGCUUGCGCCCGUGUUGGCUUCUUCUAUAUCAAGAACCAUGGAAUUUCCGAGGAGUCAGUCACGAAGAUCCAUGAUGCAGCUCACAAGUACUUUGCUCUUCCACUUGAGAAGAAGAUGGAGAGCUUCAUGGGCCAAUCAAAGAAUUUCCGGGGCUACACACCUCUUCUCGGGGGACACCAGAGCACGGAUCUGGAAGAGAACCCUUCUGGUAACUUGUCUGAAGCAUUCGACAUUGGUUAUGAGCUUGCGGGGGAUCGACAAGCUAAGAUUGACGAUGUUCUCCCUUCCGAUGACGCGGGUUUGUAUGGCUCCAACAUCUGGCCAAGAGAUGAAGUUCUUCCAGGUUUCAAGGCUACUUUCUUGGACUACUAUGGUCAGAUACUCGACCUUGGACGUGACCUUUUGAGGGUCUUUGCUUUGGCCCUUGCUCUGCCAGAGGAUCACUUUGACGGCGUUGUGAAACACCCAGGAUCUCUUUCGCGACUUAUGUUCUACCCACCCCAGAAAGUUGGCAUGGAUGAGCAUGAAGGAAUCACUCCUCACACGGACUAUGAAUGCUUCACAAUUCUCUCUCAAGAUGAAGUUCCUGCUCUUCAGGUCCUCAACGCAAACAACCAGUGGAUCAUGGCGAAACCGAUGAAGAAUCAUUUUGUGGUCAACAUUGGUGAUUUCUUCAGCUUCUGGACAAAUGGCAUCUUCAAGAGUACGAUCCACCGCGCUACAAACCUAACAGGACAACAACGCUACUCUGUACCCUUCUUCUUCGGCGUCGACUACAACGCUACAGUCUCCGUCCUUGAGAGCUGUAUCUCAGAGGGUAAUCCCGCGAAAUAUCCUGGCCCUGUCAAGGCAGGCGACUAUGUGAGAAAGCAGCUUUCAACAACCUAUGUUGUUCAUGGAGAAGAGGCUCCCGACCACGAAAAGGGUCAGUCGCUUGUGGUUAACCCUACUCAAGCCUAG